AUGUCUUGCCGCUCCUACAGAGUCAGCUCUGGUCGCCGCAUGGGCAACUUCAGCUCUUGCUCAGCAGUGACCCCCCAGAACCUGAACCGCUUCCGGGCCAGCUCUGUCUCCUGCAGGAGUGGGCCCGGCUUCCGGGGUCUUGGCAGCUUUGGUAGUCGGAGUGUCAUCGCUUUUGGAUCGUGCUCACCCCGGAUGGCAGCAGUAUGCCCUCGUCCCAUCCGCUGUGGAGUUGGCUUUGGUGCUGGCAGUGGGAUGCCCUUUGGCUUUGGUGAUGGGAGUGGUGCUGGUCUGGGCUUUGGGGCCAGCGGUUGUGUUGGUCUGGGAUUUGGAGCCAACAGUGGCCUUGGUUAUGGCUUUGGCGGCCCUGGCUUUGGCUACAGAGUUGGAGGAGUUGGAGUCCCAGCAGCCCCAUCUAUCACAGCAGUGACUGUUAACCAGAGCCUGUUGACCCCCCUCAACCUGGAGAUUGAUCCCAAUGCCCAGAGGGUGAAGAAGGAUGAGAAGGAGCAAAUCAAGACCCUCAACAACAAAUUUGCAUCCUUCAUUGACAAGGUGCGGUUCCUGGAACAGCAGAAUAAGCUCCUAGAGACCAAGUGGAAUUUCCUCCAAGAGCAGAAAUGUGCCAGGAGCAACCUGGAGCCCCUCUUUGAGAACUAUAUCACCAACCUGCGGAGGCAGCUGGACGUAGUGAACAGUGACCGGGCCCGGUUCGAGGCUGAGAGAAACCACAUGCAGGAUGUCCUUGAGGGUUUCAAGAAGAAGUACGAAGAGGAGGUAGGAUUCCGGGCCAACGCUGAGAAUGAGUUUGUGGCUCUGAAGAAGGAUGUGGAUACAUCUUUCUUAAAUAAGUCUGAUCUAGAGGCCAACGCAGAUACCCUAACUCAGGAAAUUGACUUUCUCAAAGCCUUAUACAUGGCGGAAAUCCAAUUGCUGCAGUCACACAUCUCGGAGACAUCGGUCAUCGUGAAGAUGGACAACAGCCGGGACCUGAACUUUGAUGGAAUCAUCGACGAAAUCAAGGCGCAGUAUGAAGAGGUUGCCAGGCGCAGUCGGGCUGAUGCUGAGGCGUGGUACCAGACCAAGUACGAGGAGAUGCGGGUGACAGCUGGCCAGCACUGUGACAACCUGCGCAACACACGGGAUGAGAUCAAUGAGCUGACCCGCCUGAUCCAGAGACUGAAGGCAGAGAUUGAGCAUUCCAAGGCUCAGCGGGCCAAGCUGGAGGCUGCGGUGGCCGAGGCAGAGCAGCAGGGCGAGGCGGCCCUCAAUGACGCCAAGUGCAAGCUGGCGGAUCUGGAGGGCGCCCUGCAGCAGGCCAAGCAGGACAUGGCCCGGCAGCUGCGAGAGUAUCAAGAACUGAUGAACGUCAAGCUGGGCCUGGACAUCGAGAUCGCCACCUACAGGCGCCUGCUGGAGGGCGAGGAGAUCCGGAUCUGCGAAGGUGUUGGACCAGUAAACAUAUCCGUGAGCAGCUCCCGGGGUGCCGUGGUGUGCGGGCCUGAACCCCUGGUCGCCAGCUCCACCCUCUCCCGUGGUGGGGUCACUUUCUCGGGCAGCAGCGGCAUCCGGUCCAGCAGUGCCUGUGGCUCCAGCCUGGGUGGGACCCGGAUCGUCACAGCCGGCGGGGACCUGCUGAAUGUGGGCUCCCGGGGUGGCUCCGUGCUCACGGGCGAGGCCUGCGUCCCCAGCGUCCCCUGCCCGCUGCCCACCGAAGGGGGCUUCAGCAGCUGCAGCGGGGGCCGCGGCAGCCGCAGCUCCAGCAUCCGCUUCGUGUCCACCACCACCUCCCGCCGGACCAAGUACUGA